GUAUGCCGCUGCUCAGCCAAAGUGGCCGAAGCGGCUUGCCUGGAAGAAUCCCGAUAAGAUGCUUCCCUCUCUCCAGAGGGCUCGUGGUCGGGAAGGGAUUAGGGGAGGCAGAGACCGCAGCAGCAUCUUCUUCAUGAGACACACACGCCCUCCACUUUCUCAUUCGCAACUUUUAGAUCCCGCUUUGAGUCUGGUUUGUACUCUCUGCUGUUAAGAAGGCAUCUCGUCUGCUUUGCGCAGAGCAGCUCGCAGAGUUAUCCAGCAAUUAUUUCAGACACGAUGGAGCACGGGAUCUCUGCCGGCCAGCAAGUGGCCCUGGUUUGGGAUAGCCACUCGUCCCCAGAGGCACUCCAAAGCCUUGUGCAGAAGAUUCAGGCUGUUGUGGGAGCUGAAGGUGGCGUGUCUGUAGAAAACCUCAACCAGCUACUCAAGUCAUCCUAUAAGGAGUCCCAGUUUGAUGUGCUUCUGUCUGGACUGGUGCCUGGCAGCUUAACGGUGCAUAGUGCAGAAAUACUAGCUGAAAUGGCUCGGAUAGUCAAGCCGGGGGGCCGUAUCCUCCUGAAGGAAGUAGUGACAACAACAGAAGCAGGUAACAACAGGAAACUCAAGACAGUAACCAAGUUAUCCACCGCUCUGACACUCUCUGGAUUAGUGGAAGUGAAGGAGCUGCAGAAGGAGCCUCUAGCCUCUGAGCAAACGCAGUCUAUCCAGGAGCGUCUGGGCUUUCAGGGCAAUGACGUCCUUUCCGUGCAGAUGGAGGGCAGGAAGCCCAACUUUGAAGUAGGCUCUUCUAGUCAGCUCAAGCUAUCUUUUGCCAAGAAACCAGCUCAAUCUGAAAAGCUGGCUGUGGAUCCAGCUGCUGCAAAACUCUGGACUCUUUCUGCCAAUGAUAUGGAUGAUGACACAGAUCUCCUCGAUUCAGAUGAGCUGCUGGAUCCUGAGGAUUUGAAAAAGCCAGACCCAGCUUCACUCAGAGCCCCCUCCUGUAGGGAAUCUGGAAAGAAGAAAGCCUGUAAGAACUGCACGUGUGGCCUUGCUGAAGAGCUAGAACAGGAGAGGAAGAGCUCACAGCCCAAAUCCGCUUGUGGAAAUUGCUACUUGGGGGACGCAUUCCGCUGUGCCAGCUGUCCUUACCGGGGCAUGCCAGCCUUCAAACCUGGGGAGAAGAUCCUCCUGAAUGAGAACAACCUUCACGAUGCCUGAAAGAGGGGUAGACCCCCAACUCCUGGCACACAGCUGUCCAAGACUUCCGGGCUCCUGACCGCUCUGCUGUCAAAACUCACGCGCUGGGAAAAAACCCCUCCUAAAAGGGGAGGAGAGUAGGGGGCUUCGGGGGGGGGUAGCAGCUGGGCUGCCGGGAGCUAAAGGGAAGACCUUGCAUUCCAGACUCGCUUCUGAGUAGCUCAUCAUCGUCACUGUUCACAGCGUUCCUAUUUAUGAACGUGUCCUUGGGAGCACCAGGGGCUCCUUAAAACGAGUCUGUAUUGGCAUCUAGGCAUCUGUGGUCUGCCUCGUAGACAAGGCCGCUGCGAGGGAUGCCUUGAAUUGCUGAGCCAGUGUGCCAACCCACUGCCCACCCCCUUCCUGCUUGCUUCUGUCAAUGGGUCGUUCUUCCAUUCAGAGGAGCAGGAAGCGAUCGCUGUAAAAGCUACCAGGAUGCCAGCAAGAGGAACCGACAGGGGUGGUUUCGCGCCAAGGAAAGUAUUGAAGGCUUGCCGAAGAUUGUCAAAAGAGGCUGGGGCAGGGGAUUGUUCUUACUAAACACAAUAAAAGGGUACACCACAGCAUUAAA